AACCCGUUUGCACAGACGCAGCUUCUGACGUACUCGUUGUACCCAAAGACCGUGCCCAACUACGUGCUCGACAAGCUCUCGCUGGCACACUACAAGGAGCAGUUGAAAAACUCCAACGUCAACAACGACCAGGCCGAAAUCUCGCCCGCGGUCAAGGCCCACUCCACCAAGCAGGACGACGACAAGGAGUACGCGUCGUACAUGCACGACCCGUUCAUCAAGUCGUUGAACAACAACUGGGCCAAUCUCUUGGUGGCCGUCAAGCAGCCCACGGAGGUGCCCACGGACACGGUGUCCAAGCACGAGUCGCUCAAAGCAAACCCGGACUGGGAGACCCCGUGGGGCGGCGACGAGAGACUACGAUCGGCGUUGCUCGGCUCCAACGACCACGCCGCGUCCACCAGCGACGCCCACGUGCCCAUGUGGCGCCGCAUGCUCUCGCGCAAGAAACCCUUGGUGGCGGACGACAGCCCCCGCCUCCGCACCAAGGCCGGCUACUGGAUGCUGGACGAGAAGCGCAAGGACUUGAUGCCCACGCUCUGGCGCAUCUUCGUGCAGAACCCGUUCUUGCCGCUCCUCCUCCGGAUCACCAUCUUGAUGUUCUCCGCAUGUGCAUUGGCGCUUGCCGUGUCCAUCUUCGUGUACCUGAACCGCCAGUACGAGGGCACCAGCAUCGAGCAGCAGCCCAGCACCAUCUUCGCCAUAGUGGUGCAGAGCUUUGCCAUCGUGUACAUCGUGUACAUUGCCUACGACGAGUAUAGCGGCAAGCCCUUGGGGCUCCGCAACCCGUUGGGCAAGAUGAAGCUCAUCAUGUUGGACCUCCUCUUCAUCAUGUGCUCGUCCGCCAACAUGUCGCUCACGUUCGACUCGCUCUACGACGAGAAAUGGGUGUGCAAGCCGGACAACAGCUCCACGGACAGCGGGCUCUACCCUACCGUCAACUUCUUGUGCCGCCGCCAGCGCGCCUUGGCCUCGUUCUUGCUACUCGUUCUAGCCUUGUGGGUGUUGACCUUCACGAUUUCAAUCAUCCGCGUUGUGGACAGGGUCAGU